GGGGAAAGAGGGAGAGAGAGAGGAAGAGAGAGAGAGAGAGAGAGAGCAGUGGCGCAGCAGCGGGACCGACAGCCACCCGGACCAUCAGCGGGGUCGUUGCCGGAGAGCGCAGCCGCCGCAACUCAGCCUUUUAUUAGAAAACAGAGGGAAAUACUGAGGAGGAAGAGAGAGAGAGAGAGAAAGAAAGAAGAGCCGGAGAGAACAGAGAGUAGAGGGAAACACGUCACACUGUCAGCAGUGUCACCACCUCCAGUGGACAGGAGCUACUGCUCUAAUUAUCCUCAUCUUUAACCACCACCACCACCACCAUCAUCAUCAUCGUCGUCAACACCAUCAGCAGUAGCAUCUAAACCUGUCCUCCUCCUCCUCUUCAUCACCAUGCCUGGUUGGCGGAGGAACCUCACUUUCUGUCUGCAGCGGAUGCACGAGGAAGAUGACGGACCGUAUGGAAAAACAAAGGAUAUCUCCGGACCAGAAAUCAUGGCCUCCAGAAGACACAGUAUUCCAGAAGCUCUGCGGGGGGUGACCAUGGUGGAGCUGGUGAAGAAGGAAGGCAGCACACUCGGCCUCACCAUCUCAGGAGGAACUGACAAGGAUGGGAAACCUCGGGUAUCGAACCUCCGUCCAGGAGGACUGGCGGCCAGAAGUGACCAGCUCAACGUGGGCGACUACAUCAAGUCGGUGAACGGCAUCAAUCUGACCAAACUGCGUCACGAAGAAAUCAUUAGUUUACUGAAAAAUGUAGGAGAGAGAGUUCUGCUGGAGGUGGAGUACGAACUUCCACCUACAGCCCGCGACAACACCUCAGGGGUUUUAUCAAAGACAAUCGACAUCUGUUUGCACAAAGAAGGAAACAGCUUUGGUUUCGUCAUGAGAGGAGGGGCACAGGAGGAUUGGCAUAAGGCACGCCCCCUUGUGGUCACGUACGUGAGACCUGGAGGCUCUGCAGACAGAGAGGGGACUCUUCGUCCAGGUGAUCGUCUCCUCAGUGUGGACAGUGUCCCUCUGCACAAUAUGAACCACAGCGAUGCCCUGAGUGUGUUGGCUCAGUGUGGACAGGAAGCUCUGUUUCAGAUCGAGUAUGAUGUCACUGUCGUGGAUUCAGUACCAAAUGGUUCCAGUCCACUGUUGGUGGAAGUUUCUAAGUCUCUUGGAGCGACGCUGGGCAUCAUGCUGACGUCGACCACUCAUCAAAACAAGCAGGUCAUUGUCAUCGACAGGGUUAAACCUGGUAGUGUGGCUGACAGAUGUGGAGCAUUGCAUGCUGGGGAUCACCUGCUGUCCAUAGAUGGCACAUCCACAGAACAUUGUACUGUUCUGGAGGCAACACAGCUGUUAGCAAGCACCACAGAAGUGGUCAAGAUGGAAGUACUUCCCUCGCAGCAGAGGAGACUGAGUGGGAAACAGCAGGAAACAGUGAAGGUCCAAAAGUCAGACCACGCCCACACCUGGGACCCCUGCGUCAACUUCUGUCACGCCUCCAACUCUGCACUGUGCAACACGAGCUCCACCCUCAACAAGUCAUGGACCACCUCCAACAACAACACCAUCAACAGCACUGACUACUGCAAGUCUUUGGUGUCUGCCAGUUUCUCUCCCGGUUCCACAACUACAUCAGGUCCCAGUAGCCAAAGCUCCAGCACUCUGCCUCGUCUUACAGUUCCCAUGAGUCCACGGAACUCACUGCUCAAGCGACGGCAGAGAAAGAAAGAGCACAAAAGCUCCCUAUCACUAGCGUCCAGUUCAGUGGGUCCAGGUGGUCAGGUCGUUCACGUUGAGACCGGUGAGGUGGUCCUCACUGGUGACCCCCUCAAUGGCUUUGGUGUCCAGCUGCAGGGAGGAAUAUUUGCCACUGAGACCCUGUCUGCUCCUCCGCUCAUCAGAUUCAUAGAACCUGACAGUUCUGCAGAGAGAUGUGGCCUGCUGCAGGUUGGUGACCGCCUCCUGUCAAUCAAUGGUAUCGCCACUGAGGACGGGACACUGGAAGAAGCCAAUCAGCUCCUCCGAGAUGCAGCUCUGACCAAUAGGGUGACGCUGGAAAUAGAAUUUGACGUAGCAGAGUCAGUGGUGCCAAGCAGUGGAACGUUUCAUGUCAAACUGCCCAAGAAGAGAGGAGUGGAGCUGGGGCUCACUAUCAGUGCCAGUAAGAAGCCAGACGAGCCCCUCAUCAUCUCUGACAUAAAGAAGGGCAGCAUGGCUCACAGAACUGGGACGCUGGAGCCUGGUGAUAAGCUGUUGGCCAUCGACAACAUCAGACUGGGGAACUGCACCAGAGAAGAUGCAGAGCAGAUCCUGCAGCAGUGUGAAGAUCUGGUUAAACUGAAGAUCCGGAAAGAUGAGGACAACUCAGAUGAGCAGGAAACGUCAGGCAGCAUCAUCUAUACUGUGGAGCUGAAAAGGUAUGGAGGUCCUCUGGGUAUUACUAUCUCAGGCACCGAGGAACCUUUUGACCCCAUCACCAUAUCUGGACUGACCAAGAGAGGUCUGGCAGAGAGGACAGGGGCGAUCCACGUCGGAGAUCGGAUCCUGGCCAUCAACAGUGUCAGUCUUAAGGGAAAACCUCUGAGUGAAGCCAUCCACCUGCUGCAAAUGGCUGGAGAGACGGUCACACUCAAAAUUAAAAAACAACUUGACAAUGUGGAAGGGAGGAAAGCUGCGGAGCCAGACGACACAACAGAGAACGAGCUGAGUGACCCUGACGAGGAUGAUUUGACAGACAGCCAACAGAACAAUAAGCUUUCAGACAUUUUCUCCACCGCUGUGCCCAGUGUGGACUCUGCUAUGGAGUCAUGGGACGGCUCAGGCCUGGACGCUGGUUAUGGCAGCCAAGGCACUUACAACAACCAAGCAGUAGGUGUCGCCCUCCAUCCUCACGAGUGGUGUAGUAACAAACAGCAGCGCAGCAGCACACCACCUGUUGGACAGAGGAAGAACUACCCCUUCAGUGAUGGGGGCUUCAGUGAAGAUGACUGGGACAAAGCACCAAGCUUUGUUGGUCAACAGUCAGAUGCGAUCCUUCUGGAUCCAGAUGACAGUUUCUGGUGUCAGGCUUUGGAGGAUCUGGAGACCUGCGGCCAAUCAGAACUCCUCAGAGAGAUAGAGGCGUCCAUCAUGACAGGAACAGCCGUCAGUCUGGGUGUAAACAGCAUGAACAAGCCCCCACCUGAGCCCAUACUGAGUCACAACAGGAUGAGUCCUUUACGAAGGAGUUUCCUGCACCACCAGGGCACUCACCUCCACCAGGGCAUCCACCUGCACGAAGAGGCCAAUCUCCACCAUGACCCCGAGCUCAGUUUCAACCAGGAGGCCUGUUUCCAUCAGGAAAAUCACGCUUCCCUCCUGCUUCACGAGUCCAAGCCCAAAGCCUCACUCAGAGCCUCAGAGAGAACGUGGGAGUCUCGUCGAAUCAAAGAGGAAAUGCAGGGUAUUUUGUCUCCAACGCCGCUGGAGCUGCACAAAGUGACGGUGAUAAAAGACCCAGAGAGCGACGACUUUGGCUUCAGUGUGUCUGACGGUUUCCUGGAGAAAGGAGUUUAUGUGAACAUGAUCCGACCUGAUGGACCGGCCGACCGAGCUGGGCUCAGACCCUACGACAGGAUACUGCAGGUGAACCACGUCAGAACCAGAGACUUUGACUGCUGUCUGGCUGUGCCUCUCAUCACUGAGGCCGGGGACCGACUGGAGCUGGUCAUCAGCCGUAACCCAGUGUCCGGUGACGACCUGGAGGACAACAACAACACUCUGGACCACACCCUGGACCUGUAACUCUGUUUGCAGACACUCACAGAGGUUAGAGAGAUUCAACAAUAACAAAUCUACUGUCCCUGGUCCAAAGUCACAAUAAUUCGUAAUAAAUGUAUCGUGUGAAGCUGACAUUUAUAACCACAGGUGUCGACUAACAACGAUCCCAAAGUUAACAUUGUCCGUCAAAACAGGAUAAUCAUGUUUAGAGGAAAGUCGUGGUUGAUAUUUUUAUUUGAUUUACUGAAGUCAACAAAGCAUUUCACAAACCCUCCGUGGUGCCUGCGUGGACCGCCGAGGUGUUGCACACCCCUCGUUGAAGACAACAACACUAUACUGUUCAUACACGUAACCCGGAGAAAUCAAUGUAAAAUACAUAAAAUCUACAGUCAAACACAAGUGCUGCUGCAGCUUUGAUGCUGGUGUUUACAGGCCAAAGGUGAAAGCAACAAUACGGUGUUUGUGGACCAGAACUGGCUCUUAGCACAGAUCAUGUAGGCGGUCGCCUCAGAAAAGAAAAAGUUACAAAAAGCAAAUUACAAUGGGAGCCAUGGGGGGGCGCUAAACCAUGACCUCGCCCCAGGCACUAAAACAGUCAGAGCCUUCUCUGGUGUGGACUAAAAUGUGAAACAAAUGUGUGUGUGUGUGUGUGUGUACAACAUGCAGUGAAAUAUGUUGUAAUAAUUGUAUAAUAGUAUUAAAAACACAGUGAUAAUAUUUAUUCACUGUCUUUUGCACAUUACAACUGAGACUAAAGUCUCUGACUGGAGGAAAAAAAAACACAUUUUCAUACUGUAUCUCAUGAAAAAAGGGACUUGAACAUUUCCAAGCACCGACUGUACUACAGUAUGAAGCAGAAGCACACUGUUGAUAACCAUGCACUGUAAGUAUUUUAGUGUCUUACACUUAUACUGUCUGUUUAUUCUUAUGCAACCCCUAAAAAAUCCAAAAGUUUUAUAUCAACAGAAAAAGGCAAAAACAAAAAACUGAAAGAAGAACGCCUUCCAAACUCUGUGUUUUGUUUUUUACUACAUGUGUUUACACUGUGUAUUUAUGUACUAUAUGUACAGUAUGAGUGGAUGUGGUCAGUCAUCAGUCCUAUGCAUUUCUGGGUUGAAGUUAAACCCAGAUCCUGUUCUGGAAACACUUUUAACACCAAAUAAAUCAUUUUAAGAUAAAAAAAUUGUUUAAAUUUUAAUAUAACAAAAAAAAAACUAAAUAUUUACAUUCAGUUGGUUUAAAAUAUAAAUGUUCAAACUUUUAUAUGGAAUAUUAUGGGCAGUUUCUGCACCUUCAGAAAACAUUAGUGUAAAAUCCAACUGUCAGAUUUCUCUUUUUUUUUUAGCCAGGACACACAGAUAACAUUGGCUGCAAUUGGAAUAUUUGAUCUUAUUGAUUUAUAUGUGGAUUAACUGAUUUCCAAACAUUCCUGCAACCCCACCCACCUACGAACCUACCAUGGUAGAUGGGGCCAAAACAACACAUUCGUAACUUUAUUUUAAACACAUUCUCCUUGAACAAAUGAGAUACUGUGGCACAAAUUGAAAAGUUAUGUGAACUUGUUAUUUCAAAUUAUUUUGAAAUUUGUAUUAAUUCAAAAGUAUAGUGAUCAGAUGCUUUCAUCUCCAGAUCUGAUUUGCAAAAGCUGCUGAUUAGAUUGAAUCAAGGUUUUUGUUUUUCUUUGGCCUUGACAAAAAAAAGUGUAAUAAUUACCAUUCUUGGUCACAUGACCUCAGCAGUGAGCUUAUAAAUGUUACUGGGGUUUUAUUAUGAGAUGUAACAUCCACUUACUGCACAAAAACAAAUUUAAUAAUAGUGGUUCUCAAAGAAGGGGUCAUGUCCCCCAAGGGAGCACAUAACUAUUGCGAGCGGGUCCAUGCAAAGAAAAUAUCAAUAUUCAUCAUUUCUUGUGUGCACUUUAUUUUUUACCAUGAGAACAGACACUUUGGGAAUUACUGUAGUGUGUUUAUAAUAAAUUAGAGUGGCUGCACUGGAGCACCACAGAUGGUUUAACCAUAGAACUAUUUCCAAACAGAGAGGGGCAGAGGCUUUGGGAACAACUGUGUAAGAGGAUACACAAUUCCCAAAAUUCUUCCAUGUAAAGUCAUCUUGGGAAUUAUUCAUGUAAAACAUUGUAUGACAUCACGCUGAGUACAAUGAACUGUAUUUUUGCUACUGUAAAGAAUCUAUUCCAGAACUUCCAGACAUCUGUGGCUGUUUUAAAACAGUGACGUCACACAAACCCAAACACAAACAAGCAGUUCAGUUGUUUAAUUUUUCUAACUUCAUUUUUAAUGCAAACAAAAAAAGCCAGGUGUUACAGUAGGUGUCCAAAUGUCUGGUUUCCUAGUGAAUCCCCUUCCUUGUAUAUUGUAUGCGACGUGUUUACACUGUGUGUUUCUUUCUUCUUUUUUUUUUUUUUUUUGCAGAUGGUGUAAAGUACAAUAUAAAAUAGUAUUUUUAUAUCAAAAACAUUACUCUUUCUGAAUGCUGGCAAGAAAACGUGAGUAAAAAGACGAAAAAACGUGUAUAAAUGUACUGUUGUUUCAUUUCUUUUAUUCUCGGUGAGUGAGACGAAGAGUGUAUAUUCUAUACUUCUCUUUUUGAGAAGGACGUGUGAAAACAUCAGAGAUGACAAAAAUAAAUUGUCUAAUUCUA